ACUGGGGGCGGGUUCUAGCGUCCCAUUGGCCACUCCUGCCGCGGAGGCGGCGCUCGCCCGAGCCACGGCAGUUCGCGGGUCCCGGACUCGGCUGCUGCCGACAUGUCUCCCGAGGACCCCCAGGAAACGCAGCCGCUGUUGCGGCCACCGGGAGCUAGCGCUCCCCGCGGCCGCCAGGUCUUCGUCGCCGCCUUCGCCGCCGCCUUGGGCCCGCUCAGCUUCGGCUUCGCACUCGGUUACAGCUCCCCCGCCAUCCCCAGCCUGCGGAAAACCGCGCCCCCCGCCCUGCGCCUCGGAGACGAUGCGGCCUCCUGGUUCGGGGUGAGCCCGCGGGGGAGCCCCGAGUCCCCACUCACCGCCGCACCCCAGGGUCGUCCUCCUUCUCUUUCCGCUGAGGCCGCGGGCCGUGGGGUGGAGGGGUCAGGGCCCCUGGCCCCUGGUGGCCUCCUCCUCAGCCCGUCCGGGUCCCCAGGCUAUCGUGACCCUGGGCGCUGCGGCAGGGGGCGUCCUGGGUGGCUGGCUCGUGGACCGUGUGGGACGCAAGCUGAGCCUUCUGCUCUGCGCCGUGCCCUUCGUGACCGGCUUUGCCAUCAUCACCGCGGCCCGGGACGUGUGGAUGCUACUCGGGGGUCGCCUUCUCACCGGCUUGGCCUGUGGAGUCGCCUCACUGGUGGCACCGGCUGGGUCCUAGAGUGGCGCUGGCUGGCCGUGCUGGGCUGUGUGGCCCCCACCCUCAUGAUGCUGCUCAUGUGCUGCAUGCCUGAGACCCCACACUUCCUCCUGACUCGACACCAGCACCAGGAGGCCAUGGCUGCCCUGCGGUUCCUGUGGGGCUCUGAGGAGGGCUGGGAAGAGCCCCCGGUUCGGGCUGAGCACCAGGGCUUCCAGCUGGCUCUGGUGAGGCGCCCUGGUGUCUACAAGCCCCUCAUCAUCGGCAUUUCACUCAUGGCCUUCCAGCAGCUGUCAGGGGUCAAUGCCAUCAUGUUCUAUGCCAACACCAUCUUUGAGGAGGCCAAGUUCCAGGACAGCAGCCUGGCCUCAGUCACUGUGAGCGUCAUCCAAGUCCUGUUCACUGCCGUGGCGGCCCUCAUCAUGGACAGAGCAGGGCGGAGGCUGCUUCUGGCCUUGUCGGGUGUGAUCAUGGUAUUCAGCAUGAGUGCCUUUGGUACCUACUUCAAGCUGAUCCAGAGUGGCCCCAGCAACUCCUCCCAUGUCGGCCUCCUGGAGCCCAUCUCGGCGGAGCCUGCUGAUAUCCAUGUGGGGCUGGCUUGGCUGGCUAUAGGCAGCAUGUGCCUCUUCAUUGCUGGCUUCGCGGUGGGCUGGGGACCCAUCCCCUGGCUCCUCAUGUCCGAGAUCUUCCCUCUGCAUGUCAAGGGUGUGGCCACUGGGAUCUGUGUCCUCACCAACUGGUUCAUGGCCUUUCUGGUGACGAAAGAGUUCAGCAGCGUCAUGGAUAAUGGGCAAAUUUCCUGGUUUCUGCAAAGCGCAGCUAACGCCCGCUAAGUAGCCAUAUGCAGAAUGGUAUCAACCUGACGCCUGAAGCGCUCUGCUACCUCCCGGCGGCCAAAAGUGAGAUCACAGCACUAAAGGCAAAAAACCUGCUUAAGACCUGCGGCUCUCACAGGAGUUAACAAGAUCACACUAGCUGAUAUUGCUCUUUGGGCGUCCUCGAUCCCAAGCAGUGAAAAACCUGACUCCCUAGGCCCCAGAGCUCAUCCUGCCUGAACAAGUCCGGUCAGCAGGGCGGGGUGAGGUCCAGGCUGCUUUCCUCUGUGGGACAGUUUUCUUCCUUUCCCUCCCGGACCACGCUCCACCACCAACUCGCUUGAGAAGUUAAUUCCCAACUUGAGUGGGAAGAAAGGUCAUCUGUUCUCCUAGAGAGUCCACUGAAACAUCAUUGAAUAUCGGCGCCCACUGCCAGCAUAAGCACCCUUCCCGGCAUCCCUGGCGGCCUGGUCACUCCCUGUCCGAGCUUCCACAUCCGGAUCCUGGUGAGACUUGAAAGAUAAGGGGCUCUGAGAUCAAGGGCAGGCAUGAGGGGGCGUCUCUGUAAGACACACCCCACAAGACAACGAGGGCGACUUUCCUGGCGGCCAGGAAGAGCCUGCAGAGGAGGAUACCUGCGCAGUGUGUCGGAAGUGGGUUUCGGUGUGCGAACUGCGCAUAGCCGGAAGUGGCGCAGUUCUGGCGCGCCGGCCUGCCGCGGGGUGAGGCCGCCCUUGAGCGGUGAGGGACGCCGAGGUCCCCGAAGCUGCUCGCAAGCUCCUGUGCCGGCUCUGCAGGACGGGCGAGAAGAGGCGGAGAGCUGUGUAGUUGUUCCAGUCCGUCCACAUUGACCGGAAGUCCCAACCAGAACGCUUUCCACAAGCGUUCUCUAGGCGGUCUGAGCCAAGAAAGAGCUGUGGGAUCUGAGGAGUUGGAAGACCUCUGGCCCCAGUCUACGCGUAAUCUGCCUGUUAUCCAGUGCCCCUCUGUAAGCAGCCCAGACCCUUCUGAGGGACCAAGAGUCUUACCCUGGGUUUCUUUGUGGAAACGAUCUUAGCUAUUCCUCCUGCCUCUAAGAACUGUAACCAAAGUGGAAUAGCGUUUGAAGGCACUGGAAUACAGAUGUUUGCCUAUACUCCCUGCAUCACCGAAGACUACAGUUGGGCUGGGGGCACAUCAGCAGUAGGUCUAUGCUAAAACUUGUGUUCCGUUCUUACUCUAUCCAGGCUGUCACAUCUCCAUCACCUGGAAGUAGUCACUCCUCAGACCUUACCCCAUGCUCCAUGUUCUUCGAACCAAAAAUCCGCUGUCUGGAUUUACUGAGGUCAUUUUACAAUAAAUUCACACACGACCCUUUCAGACUGUGUGUUCUCAGGG